AUGAAGCCAGUUUCCGCUAAAGACACUGGUCAGAGAAGGGCAAUAGCCCUUGAGGAGGUGGAUCCACCCCUCUCUGCGAGACGUGCCUCUAGCUCGGGGAUAACCCUCCCACUAAGGGGGGGUAUCCGUCCCAGUGAUGACGGAAAUGUGGUACCGAAAGGACCACAGCAAUUUAAUCUUGAUCAGGAUUCCGAGGCCCAGGCUGCUGGCUCGCCAGCGCACAGCCUGGAGAAUUGCUGGAAUGGUACCAUACCGCCGGCUGUUCUCGGUUCAGGUACUCAGUUCGACUGGGCCUCGGAGGCCCCUUCCGAGAGUGAAGAUAUAACCAUGGAGCAGCUGGAGAAAGAUCUUCUCGACGACUCUCCUCCCAGAGCCUCCGCCGUCCCGUCGCUUCAGCGCGUCAGGAAGCCCCUGAAGUCCUGCCGUGGCGAGGGGCCUCAGGCCUUAGCGACCUACGAUGCUCGUAAGGCAAGGAAGGGCCCUGCCGCCGGUUCUCAGGUACGCCAAGCGGCUCGCGGCUCCAGGGCGCGUCAACCGUCCUCUGGCCCAUCGCUCCAAGACGUCGAGCUUCAACCUACUUAUGAUCUUCCUGACGACUCUGAGCCUUCCCCUCGAGAUCACCCUACUGGUCCUCUACCUUCUCCACAAGGUCGGUGCUCCCCGCAAGGGAAGGGCCCUGGGCCGGCCCCAGCGGCACUGGUGCAGAUCAUUGCGCUUCUGCGCACCCUGAUCGGCACCUUGUCGCUGGGCCCCCAAGGGCCGGCCAUUAAGGCCCUAUUAGACUCCAUUGUGGAGCUAGUAGAGGCCGGCCUGACGACUUCACCGGGCCCCCUUUCGGCCCCG